GCCCGACUCUGAGAGACUUACUUGGUUAAAGCACCAGGGCAAUGGUCCUCAGUAGGGGGCUGGUCCUGGUACUCUACACCUUGAUGAGCCUCCUGAGCCCCCAUGAAACUGGGGCCAUCGAGGCUGAUCACAUGGGCUCCUAUGGACCAGCCUUCUACCAGUCCUAUGGUUCCUCGGGUCAGUUUGCCCAUGAAUUUGAUGGGGAACAGCUGUUCUCCGUGGAGCUGAAGAAGAGGCAGGCUGUGUGGCGUUUGCCUGAGUUUGGCAACUUGGCCCACUUUGACCCACAGAAUGGGCUGGCCAGCAUCGCGGUGAUCAAAGCCCACCUGGAUGUCUUGGUGGAACGCUCCAACCGCACCAGAGCCAUCAACGUGCCUCCGAGGGUGGCUGUACUCCCCAAGUUUCGAGUGGAGCUGGGCCAGCCCAAUGUCCUCAUCUGCAUUGUGGACAACAUCUUCCCUCCUGUGAUCAAUAUCACCUGGCUGCGCAAUGGUCAAAUAAUCAGCGAGGGGGUAGCCCAGACCAGCUUCUAUUCCCAGCCUGACCAUCUGUUCCGCAAGUUCUGCUACUUGACCUUCGUGCCCUCUGCAGAAGACAUGUAUGACUGCAAGGUGGAGCACUGGGGUCUGGAAGAGCCGCUUCUCAGGCACUGGGAGCCCCAGGUGCCUAUCCCAGUGCCAGACACCAUCGAGACUCUGAUCUGUGCACUUGGCCUGGCUCUCGGCCUGGUGGGCUUCCUUGUGGGCACCAUCUUCAUCAUCAGAGGCACGUGCUUGUCCAGCGGCCCCAGGUAAUGAGCCUUCCGAGAAAGGAUUGUGGGAGAUGCUCUAUGGAUUCCUUGCAAGUUUCUGACAGCCUUUGCAUACUCAGUGCCUCAGUCUACUAAGUAUAUCUCUAUUGUGCUGACUUUGGAUGGGAUCAAACUCUGUGCUAUAGGUCUGUCUCCUCCCUUAGACCUGGUACUCACUGCAGGACUGGUGGGGCAGCAGCUAGCUCCCCUUCCCACCCCCAACACGUACACACACACAUACUCACACACACACACACACUCACACACACACACCUCUUUCUUGUUCUACCCAAAGCUCUGGUUAGUGGCAAUAAAUUUUUAAAUGGUGUUUGUACUGUAUCAUUUCUAUCAGAUCUUGGCAAGUUCUUCCAGGGUGUGAGGGAUGCUGGAAGAGGGUAUUCCAGGUGAUGACUAUUGAGCAGGACAUUUCAACGGGGAUAGGCAGCUAUCCUCAGGCCAGUUCAGCUAUGUCUUGUUCUGUUUGAGUCUCUAUGGUGUGUUAGUUAUGAAUCGGUCCUCUCACAAGGACUUCAUGAAAUUUACCUUCUGAAUUCAGAUUUGCCCCUAAAGGAGUUUUCAGGAGAGGAAAUGUUCAUGGGAAUUCUACUCUUGUCCAGAUUUACUCUGUAAUGAAGAGAACUUUGGUAUACAGCCAUGAUCUACAAUGUCAUCUCCUUUUUCUACAUCCCCUGGAGUCCCACGCAUGACAAAGAGAGGUCCAAGGCUUGGAUAUGAUGAUUACUUCCUUAACCUGGGGUCAGUCAUACCAGUAGAAGAGCUGGUUUAGACAGAGUUCAGGUGGAUCUUUCUUAGUGGUUUUCAAACUGGAAUGUACAGGAGAAUCACUUGGGAGCCUUUUUAAAAGUACAGGCUUCAGCCAGAUCUACUGAAUUAGAAUCUUGGAGGGUGAGGAGAGUGGUAGCAGUCUGCAAUUUUAAACAAGCCCAGAUGUUGCUGAUGCAGCCACCUGAACUUAGACUGUGAUCUGAUAACUGGGACCCACUGACAUAGCCUGAUGCUAAGAAUGGAUCCCUGAGUUCAGAGGUGGUCCAGGAAGGCUUUCUGGGAACCUGGGUCUUUUAGGGCAUAGGAGUUGGGGAAGAUACAAGUAAGUAGGGGCAAAUUGGGUUUGGCAUUGUGAGGUUUGGUCAUAGAGAGGAAAGAAACUAAGAGAUCGUGAAGACACUGUAGAUUUCCCAAGAGAGAGUAAGUUGAAAGGAAUCAACGGCCAGAAGAAGACCCUGUUGGAAGGGGGAGAGUGGUCCUAGUGAAGCCUUUGUUUGCCCGUAACAGAAACCCUCCUAAAAUGAUCACAGAUGUAAGCAGAGGAUAUUUACAAUAAAGACACAGGAGUGGUGCCCUGAACCCAAAGGUGGAUUUUAGCCAAGCCUUACAGGCAACAGAACUCAGAACUGAAAAGCCCAUAGACUCUAGCCCAUAGCCCAUAUCCUUUCUUGCUCUCUUUCUCUCUCUGGGCCAUAUGGCCUGUGUUGUCCCUCUGCAUGUUAGUUGCAUUAGCCAUAUCUAUUCUGUCUCUGUGGACUAUCCUUUUCAUCUAACAUGUCCGCCCGCAGCCACAGCACCUCAGCUGAACCCACCCAACAGCACUAUCUCCCAGUGACAAUUUUAAAUUAUUGGAAAAACAAAUGAAUGCCCAAACUUGGGGCAGGUGUCCAUCUGAGUCCAAUGUACCAUGGCCAGAGGCAGAAGAUCUAAGGCACAAACCCCUCUGAGGAAAGGGGUUGUUGGAUCAUUUCUCAAAAGAAAGAAGAAUGUGUUGGUUCUCAGAAGACACCUCAAGAUAUGUUUGACCCCAACAUGCCUUGAUCUCUGCUGAUCUUUUGCUUAAAAGUUAAUUUGAUCAUCCUUGGAAAAGAUGUUUCUCUGAUCACUGUUCGAAUGUUUAAUAAGGUCAUUAAAAGUGUUUUA